AUGAAUCUAGAGUGGUGUAACCAAGUUGGAUCGAUAAAGUAUCUUUUUAAGUAUAUUAACAAAGGACCGGAUAGGAUAACAGCAUCUAUUGUUGAUCCAACAAAAAAGAAAAAAAAACAGAUAGAAAAUAACGACCAUGACGAAAUUGGUGAGUUCUAUAACUGUCGUUAUAUUUCCGCAUGUGAGGCAUGUUGGAGGCUUUUUGGGUAUGAUAUUCAUUAUCGAACACCGUCUGUCGAAAGGUUGUCAUUUCACCUCGAACACAAACAACCUGUUGUUUUUAAACCAAACCAACAUCUUAAUCAGGUUGUUUCUAAACCGACUGUCGCUGCUUCUCAAUUUUUAGCUUGGAUGGAAUGUAACAAGCAUGAUGAAGAUGCACGGAAGUUGUCAUACGUUGAAUUCCCAACUAAAUAUGUUUGGAAUAAAUCAGAUAAGAUAUGGACAAAAAGAAAAACCAAGUCCAAGGCACUCGGUCGAUUAAACCACGUUUCUCCCAAGGCUGGUGACAUUUACUACCUACGGAUUUUGUUGAACAAAAUCAAGGGUCCUACAUGCUAUGAAGAUAUCAAGACAAUUAAUGGAAUUGUACAUGACUCUUACAAAGAUGCUUGCUAUGCUCUUGGUCUAUUAGAUGAUGAUAGAGAGUACAUUUCGUCAAUAAACGAAACACAUCAUUGGGCCACAGCUUCUUUCUGCCGGUCUCUCUUUGUUAUGUUGAUUACAUCUGAUAGUUUGUCAAGUCCUGCUCAUGUUUUUGAAGAGACAUAUCAAUGUCUUUCUGAUGAUGUCAUUCACGUUCGUGAACAAGAAAUCGGCGUCAGAGGCCUGAAGUUAAAAGAGGAUGCAAUUUUCAACCUUACGUUGUCAUACAUCGAGAAAUCAUUAUUGAGCUGUGGAUUGAGUUUGAAGCAAAUACCAAAUAUGCCGUUUCCUGAUCAUAGAUACAUUCAAGAGUCAUGCAAUAUGUUAAUUCAAGAUGAGCUUAACUAUGAUCCUGCUAUUAUUGAAGUUGAGCAUCAAGAUUUGUAUUCCAAAUUAAAUGUCGACCAAAAAAAUGUUUAUCACACCAUUAUGAAUGCGGUUAACAACAAACAAGAGCGUCAGUUUCUUCCGUCUUCUGGUAGCAACAAUCAUGGCAUUAAUUGGCUACCACAUACUUGUACUAUUUUAGCAUCAUCAUUGUGUGGACUCCUUCUUGUUGAAUCCUAUGAUCCAGAUGAAUACGUUUCAAAGAUUUUAUUUGUUAUCAAACCAACGACUUCAGAUGCCAAAUGGAUACCUUUUCCGACCUCUGAAUACACUGCAACAAAGUUUGCUUUGGUAGUUAUCAGUUCGAACCCGUUACAUUUCAAGGUCAUUCGAUUGUCAUACACAAAGCCAUCUGAUAUGCCUAAGGAAAAAGUGGACUAUGAUUACUACAACAUAGAAUUGUUUUCAUCUACUACAUGGCAAUGGAGGGAGUUUCAAAAUAUCCGGUUACCAUCAUCUGUUUAUCCUGUUUCUGAUGAGGCAGUUACAAGUGGCGGUGCCGUAUACUUCUUAUUAUCUAAUGAUACCAUAUUGCGAUUUGAUAUUUAUUCAGAAGAACAUAUACUCAUAUUUGCACCUUCUACUAUUAAUGAAUUAAAACCGUAUGCAUCGAGACUAACCAAGUUUCACGGAAAAUUGGAUAUCUCUCUAUAA